AUCUUCCCCCAUCAAGAUUCUAAAGGUUUUCUUUAAUAAGAUACAAUCUUCAGCAAAAUCACAUGUGCAUGAUUUAAGAUUAAGUUGGUAUUAAAAUAUUCACAAAAAGUACAACUGAGAUACUAGACAAUCUUAUACAAUACAUGGAUCGCAUCAUGGAAAUUGAAAACCAUUUCCUAUUCACUUUUUUCACACUAUAUAAUACAUGGAUCGCAUAGAACAACUCAAACACAAACUCAAACUCAAACAAACAUCUUAAUUUCCUCUCUAUUUUUCAAGCUAAAACACAUAACUAGACACAUUACUACUAUUCUCAAAUUUUCAAUGGAUCCAUCCCAUGCUUACUUCAGCUGUGAAGUGAGAAUAAUUCAAGCUAGAAACACUGAAUCCAUCAAAUCUACGAAAAACUUGUUUGCAAGGUUGUAUCUUCCUACAGGAAACAACAAAAGAAUUCAACUCAACACCAAAAAUGUUUCAACCAAAUCAGUACCCUUUUGGAACGAGUCUUUUAAUCUAGAUUGUUCGUGUCCUCAUGAAUUCUUAGAAAACCUUAAACAACAAAGCUUAGUGUUGGAGCUGAGGCAAAGGAAGAUGUUGGGGUCACAUCUUGUUGGAAAAGGUGAGAUUCCAUGGAAGGUGAUACUUGAAUCACAAAACAUGGAAUUGAAAAAAUGGUUGAAGAUGGAUUUGGUGAGUGGAAGUGAUUGCAAAGAGGGUAUGUUGAAAGCACCUGAAGUUGAAGUGGAAAUUAAGAUAAGAGUGGCUUCGAUUAUUGAGAUGGAGAAGCAGAAUAGAAAGAUGUUGAAUAAUUGGAAUGAGUGUGGAUGCAAAAAUGGACAUGAUCCCAAUGUUUGGUGUUGUGCUGAAGAUUGUCAUAUAUUUGCAUUUGGUGCAGCUUUGGAGGCUUUUUGAUUUAAUUUAAUGCAAGAUUAAUAUGCAUGUAAAUAUAUAUGCACUAACAUCAACUAAUUAAUUUGCUUAUUAUUUAUAAACAGUGAACAAUUGAUUCUAUAUGAUUAGAGUUUCCUUCUC